AUGGGCAGUGCCGAGAACAAGCAGAGAAAGGACAUCGAAGCGCAAACCAGUCAUAUCUUCCAGAAGCAGGAGGCCUGUCGAAGCGACCUCCCCGAGGAGGACGUGGCCGAAGGAUGGCUGCUUCGACGAGUCUGGCAGUUCUGCGACGAAGUGCAAGACCAACUGCGCGUGGCACGUGCACCCGGCAACAGUGCCACGGCCGCGACUUUCGCAGCUUUGGCUGCUUCCCUCGCUUCUGUGCAGAAGCGGCACGCCGCCCUCAGCAAGGAGGUGGACAGGCAAACUGCCCGAAAGGAGGAGCUGACCUCGGAGGUCGCAGCUGCAGCAGAUUCCGAAAGCCGUCUGCAGGAGGCACUGACCAAGCAGCAGCAGAUGGUGCUGUUGACAGAGUCUCGUUCGCAUAGCCAGGGCUCCACAGAUCAGAUCGUCUUGCAGCUGAAGCGAGAUCAGGCCACGCGGGAGAUGGAGCUUGAGGCGAACUUCGAGGAUCUGCGGAGCCGCAGCCAAGCUUUCUUCCGCAGUGAGCAGGAUACCCUUCGGUCGAGGUUGCAGUCGAUGCGAGAAGAGCUGGCUGCGACGCAAGUGGAGAUUGCUAGGCUGAGGACUCAGCACACUGCAGCAGCCAUUGAUGUGCGAGAGUGGCUGGACAGCAGCAAGGCUGCGCUGGCAACGCUGAGUAGCACCAUGUCUGCGCGGCUUGCCCAAGUAGAUGCAGCGGCCGUGUCGGAAGCCGCGAAGACAGAGGAAAAAAUACAGCACCUGCAGGCACAGCUGGCAUCAAGCAAGGAGACCGCAGCCUGCGAGCUGGAAUCCUGGGAGCGCAGAGGCGUUGCACUAAAGGCUGAGGCUGAGGCUGCGAGCAAUCAAGCAGCCGAGGAGACGUCGCGGCUUGCCGCUGAGCUCUUGGCGAUGGAGACCCAACGCUCCAUGAUCUCCCGCAGCCUUUCUGACGAAGCUGGAGCCGCGGUCUCUGUGCUUCGAGAUGGUGUUGUCCAGAGCGCUUCGCUCCAAGUUGACGUGGACGAGCUGCGGGCCGAGGUCCAGUACCUCGAAGCUGAACUCCGAGCUGUGGCACAGGAGCGUCAGAUGCUUCAGGAGGAGCACCGCGAUGCCUUCGAGCGGCAGCUAAAGGCUGAGGAGGCACUGCAGAAAGCCCUCAGCGACAAUGAGAUGGUUCGACAGCAGAUGGAAGCGCAGCGAGUCGAGAUGCAGUUGGCCAGCGAGGCCGCAAUCAGAGAGGUGGACUCUGCUGCUGGGGCCGCUCUGCACGCUGCAGCGGAAGCUGCGGAGGCAGAGUUUGGAGAAUUGGAGGAUGUGCUGGACACAUUGGAGAAGGAGCUGGCCGAAAACCGAGCCCGCUGCUCUCAACUUCACUUGCAAGAGGCAAGUUUGCAAAGGGACAAAGCUUCCCUGGAACGAGAACGGUCAAUGUGGAAGGCACAGCGUGAGCUGACGCAAAGCCUCGAGUCGGAAGCCCGGGAUGCCAUGAAGGAGGCCCGAAACUCUUGGGCCCAGGAGGUGAGGAGCCUUAAGGAUCAAGUUAAGGAAACUACGAGGAAGAAGGAUCUGCUGGAGGCCAAAAUGCAGGACGUUCAGACUGCAGCGGAAGCAUCGCAGACAGAGGUCUCGCAAGCCGUGGUGGAGACACGGCGCAAGGCACAGCUGCUGGAGUCACAGAUUGACGAGGUCAAAGAACUUUGCGCUCCAGUGCAAAAGGCCUUGGAACGACAGGCCGCUGCUUUUUCUUCAGCUCAGAAAGAGGUGGAGGAAAGGCGCUCCCAAACACUGCAGGCAAGCAGCACCAUGCAGAUGGAGCUGGAACGUCUUUCAGCGCAAAGGCAGAAGGAGCGGGAGGCUUUGGAGGCUGAGCUCUCCUUCGAGCGCGAGAGGCGAGAUCCGGUCACAGAGUGCAGUGUACUGAGACCUUCUUGA